AUGAAACCAAGAAAGAAUGGAUUCUUUAGAAAUAUCUCAAUCCUAUCAAUCAUUACUUUAAUCAUCUUGGUUGUAUUAACAUUUAAUGUUGAUACGUCGGAUGCUAGAAGGGGAGGAAGAUCAGUUUCGACAAGUUCAUGGCUAAUACCAAAAUCAACCAAUGAAUUGACAAAUCAAUCAUCCGAUUCAUCUGGUUCAUCUUCUUCUUCUGCUUCCCUUGACGAUUCUUCAACUGAAAAAGAGAUUCAAGAAAACCAACAAGAUGCAAAUAUUGUUGUUUUAUUAUUCUUGAUCAUGCUUACUGGUGCAGUAUUGGUGGUCUACAUUACAGUCUCCCUUAAAAUACCAUUCAUCCCAGAGUCAAUCGUCAUUGUUUUAUAUGGAAUCAUCAUUGGUGUCGUCGUUAGAAAUACCAAUAGUGAUUUGGUUCACCACGUAGUCACAUUUGACCCAGAAAAGUUCUUUUUAUUUAUUUUACCUUGUAUCAUUUUUGAAACUGGUUUCUCUUUACCAAAGACUGAUUUUUUCAAACAUUUUGUACCAAUUGUUUGUUUUGCAGUUUUAGGUACACUUAUAUCAUUUUUUAUUACUGGUGGAGGAAUAUAUCUUGUUGGUAAACUUGGAUGGUCUCUUUAUUUACCAGCUCAAGAUUCCUUUAUCUUUGGAGCCAUCAUUUCAUCGACAGAUCCAGUGGCAACAUUGGCCAUCUUCCAAGCCCUCAAUGUCGAUCCCACUCUAUACAUGUUGGUUUUGGGUGAAAGUAUCUUGAAUGAUGCCACCGCUAUCAUGUUGUAUCGAACAGUCUCCAUUUUUGAACCAAGUAAAAUUUGGUUUUAUAUUAUCGAUUUCCUUUUAAUUGCACUUGGUAGUGUUGGUUUAGGUGUUGCAAUGGCAAUUUUAUUAUCAUUGAUGUUAAAAUAUAUAAAUAUUGGUAGAUUCCCAGCAUUAGAGACUAUAUUUAUGAUUAUGUUUUCUUACAUGUCAUAUGUAUUGGCCAAUUCACUAGAGAUUUCUGGUAUUUUGGCAGUAUUCUUUUGUGGUAUCACAUUUAAUCAAUAUGGUAGCUACAGUUUAUCACCCUACACCAAGUUGACAUCGAGACAAUUAUUUAGAACUGCCGCCUUUAUUUGUGAAACUUCUGUAUUUAUUUAUAUUGGUAUUUCAAGUUCUUUCCAUAGUUUUUCUUUCCAUGCAGGUUUAUUAACUUGGAGUAUUUUUUUCACAUGUUUAUCAAGAGCAAUUGCAGUAUUUUCAAUUUGUUUUGUUUUAAACAAAUUUUUAAAAAACAAGAUUGAAUUGCCAAUUCAAGCAGCUAUUUGGGUGGCAGGGUUAAGAGGUGCAAUUUCCUUUUCACUCAGUCUCGAUUACAGAUCACCCUAUGCACAUUACAUUCUCACCGACACCUUGUUGAUUGUUAUCUUUACACUUUUUGUCUUUGGUAUUGGUACAUACCCAAUCCUCAAGGUUUUGGGCAUCAAGACUGCAUCGUCUGAUCAAAGUCUUGAUAAUAUCACCCGUGUGAUGAACAAAAAGUCAAAGGCAAAGGAAAAAACGUCGCUCUAUCAAAACUGUGACGAAAAGUACUUUAAGCGAUGGUUUAGAAAACAGGUACCACCCUUGGCAACAGAGGCUGUCGAAAUCUUUGAGAAAUUGGUCAACCAAUCCUCCGAGGAACAACAACAAGAAGCACAAAUUUUACAAAAAAGAAAGACUGGUAGAGUUAAUACUGGCGACAGUUCAUCAAACAACUUGACAACUACAGUACAAAUUGAUUCUCUAUCGAGUGAGAGUCAAAAUCCAAGUACUGGUAUUAAUAUGGAUGAUCUCAGUAUGCAUUUCAAUAAUAACAACAACAACAAUAACAAUAAUAACCAUAUGAAUCAUUUCGAUGAUGAUGACGAUGGUUUUAAUGAUAAUGUUGAUCCUACCUCUCCUUUAAUCCAAUAA